GCGAAUAGUCUCCUGCUCCCAUGGGGAGCACGGAAAGAGAGGACCCUCCUCCAGAACGGGAUCGCCGGAGACACUGAUGUCAAACCAGGCGAGUACGCACUCCGGCUCCUUUUCGCCGAGUUUGCGUCUCAGGCAGAGCGGAAGGUGGCGCUCAUUCUCACGGAGCCUCUGGAACGACCUUUGAGCAAGAGUCUUCAGCGUGGCGAGGAUGUAGUAUUCGACCAGCUACUGAGCACCUUAGGCAGCGUCGCUGAACAUUGUUUGCCUUCACUUCUGAAAACGCUUUUCGCUUGGUAUGAGAAGCAAGCCGUUGAAGGCACCUCAACUCCAACGCCCGCUCUCCAGGCCCCGACAGAAUCACCCAUAGCGAGGUUCCGGGCAGAAUCGAACAAGUCGACGAAAGACUUAGAGAAUCGAUCCGAACAUGACUAUCUGCUUGAACGUCGUGACUUGGCCAUUGAGUUCAUCUUCUGUUUGGUGCUCAUCGAAGUUCUCAAGCAGCUCCCUCUACACCCGGGUCAUGAGGAUCUGGUUCUUUACGUCGAAAGCCUGGCGUUCAAACACUUCAAGUUUCGUGAGGGUUUCCAACAGGGCCCGAACGCACAGAAUUCCAACAUCAUCGCCGACCUCUACGCUGAGGUCAUCGGAGUUCUGGCUCAGAGCAGAUUCCAAUCUGUGCGCAAGUGUUUCAUGAGCGAACUGAAGGAGCUGAGGAGUCGCGAGCCCUCAGGCUACACAACACAGAGCAUCAUCUCGCUGCUGAUGGGAAUGAAGUUUUUCCGGAUCAAAAUGGUUCCGAUCGAAGAGUUCGAGGCCUCGUUCCAAUUCAUGCAGGAAUGCGCCAACUACUUCCUCGAGGUCAAGGACAAGGAUAUCAAACACGCUCUCGCGGGACUCUUCGUUGAGAUCCUCGUGCCAGUCGCCGCUGCGGUGAAAAAUGAAGUCAAUGUGCCUUGUUUGAAGAACUUCGUCGACAUGUUGUACUCGCAGACUUUGGAUCUCUGCACGAAGAAAAAGCACUCGCUCGCUUUAUUUCCUCUCGUCACUUGUCUCCUGUGUGUUUCGCAGAAAACUUUCUUCCUCAUGAACUGGCAUUGUUUUUUGGCCAUGUGCCUCUCCCACCUGAAGCACCGAGAUCCGAAAAUGUGCCGAGUCGCCCUGGAAUCCCUAUAUCGACUCUUGUGGGUGUACAUGAUCCGUAUUAAGUGCGAGAGUAAUACGGCCACUCAGACCCGUCUUCAAAGUAUUGUGAACUCGUUGUUCCCCAAGGGAAGUAAAGCGGUCGUUCCUCGGGAAACUCCCCUCAACAUCUUCGUGAAAAUCAUCCAAUUCAUCGCACAGGAACGACUGGAUUUCGCGAUGAAAGAGAUAGUGUUCGACUUGAUCUCUGUCGGAAGACCAAUAAAAAUCAUCCUGACUCCUGAACGGAUGGCCAUCGGACUUCGAGCUUUCCUAGUCGUUGCAGACAGUCUACAACAGCGAGAAGGGUAUCCGCCUAUGCCACGGACGGUGGGAGUGCUUCCGUCCGGAAGCACACUUCGAGUGAAAAAGACCUUUAUAAACAAGGCUCUCACAGAAGAUACUGCGAAGUCGAUUGGCAUGUCUCAGUACUAUUACUAUGUGAGGAAAGCCUUCGAUGACAUUCUGAGGGCCCUCGACGCGCAGUUUGGGAAGCCUCUCAUGAUGACGAGCACCCAGAACUCCAACAAAGAGGCUGAAGAAAUGAUAACAGCGGAACGUAAACCAAAAAUUGAUCUCUUCCGCACGUGCGUGGCCGCCGUUCCUCGGCUCAUUCCCGACGGCAUGCGAAAGCAAGAUCUCGUCGAUCUCCUCGCGCGUCUUACCGUUCACAUCGAUGAAGAGCUUCGGGGUCUGGCCUACCAAUCGUUACAGAACAUGAUCUCCGAUCUUCCCGAAUGGCGUGAGGACGUUAUUCAAGGCUUUAUUCAAUUCGCGCUCCGAGACAUCGGAGAUCUCGGUCAACCCCAUCUGAUGGAUCAGGCGCUGAAAAUGCUACUCCAACUGCUGACGGCCUGGAAGAACUCGAAUCCGAAAUCUCGCGACGUCUCGGAAAUGCGCAUGGACGCAAUCGCAACAGUUCUGCAUCAAGUCGAGGGGCUUUGUCUGGCCAUGCUCUGUCAGAAUCGGCUCACGCAACGUCGAGUAGCGGUUCAUCUGUUGAAAGAAACCAAAGGACUUAUUCGCACGCUGUUGCCACCUCCACCUCGUUCUGAUCCUCCUGUGAUCGACAUCAUCGAAAGCGCGUUGCCCGAGGUCGUUGAGCGCUGUUUGCGACAUCCUCAGUUGCAGCUGCCGGUUUCCGAGCGAAUGGCCCUCCUGACAGCCCAGCAAUCCCAGCAAGUGGACUUGCAAUGGCUCACGGAGAGGAAUAACCCAAUUUGGACGGGGAAUCCCACAAUGGCCGAGGCAGAAGCUUCUAAGGGAAACACGAACACAGCGGGCUCUUCAAGUUCAUCGAAUGUCUUCCAGGACUUGUCAAAAAUGGACGCGUGGUGUCUUUCGAUGAUGACAUUCAUUCCCGGCGUGGUGAAGCAUUGCCCGACAGCCGUCACGAUGUCGUGGCCAAUCGUAACCAACCGAAUCAAUGCACUGUUCAGUCACUUCGAAAUGAGUCUCAUCAAUGACAAUCGAGCAUCGUUGUUGAGGACCAACACCGUGAAGAAGACCACUUCGGAACGAGAUGCCCAACUCACGUUGUGGCGGAACUACAUCUUGUUCGCGUGUCGAGUGGCGCCGUCAAACCCAAAUGUGAUCAUGCGAUACCUUUCGCCCGACCUCAGUUUCAGUAGUUCUCCGGAAAACCUUCCCGCCGGUCGCGACGAGAGUCGCAUCAGCAAUUCCGGAAUCAGCGCAACAAAUCUUUUCAAGCAACUCGUGCCUUUGCUGAGAUCAGAACAGUCCGACAUGAGGUCGGCAGUCGUGCUCGCCCUGGCGCAAGUGAACGCCACAGCCCUGAAGGAUCUCGUCGAAGAACUCGCUGCUCACGUGCGAGAAGCUGUGGACAGGAAACAAGAGAAUCUCAGACGACGUCGUAGGAGGGACAUCCUCCGAGUGCAUCUGACCAAACUGUUGGAGAAACUCGCGGGAGAGGGGACCCUCGCUCUGGCAUCCUGCGUUCGGGACAAGGAGACCGGUGCCCUGUCACCCGUGUUCCAGGAAUACAUCGACGGGGUGCGUUUGCUCCUCGAGAGCGAGGCGGCCGACAAGGAUUCGGCGUCGAUGGCGACCGAACUGAAGCAUCACUUCUGCAGUCUCCUGGUCAAGCUCAUCAAAAGCUUCAACAUCGAGCAGAGAUCCGCGUUGUUGUCGCUGGAACUGCGUCGCAAACUAUUCUACCUGUUCGCCAACUGGUGCGGUUACCUCGGAACGCCGUUUUCGGAACGGAAUGACAACGUCAUGGAUUACGACAUGACGCAUCUUCAAGCGAUGUGCACCGUGCUGGGAUGCGGGCCCAUGUUCGAGCCGCCCGGCGUGCACGAGGAGAGCGUCAUCUACAACUGGCUAGACGGGCUGCUGUCGUCCAAGGACGAGAAGCUCAACCAGAUCGGACUCGAGACCGUCGUCCUGCUCCUGGAAAACAACCAGGACACGGUGAACGUGCUGGAGUGGCUGGUCGACCGUUGCUAUACGGGUCAGGUGAAACUGGCCGAUUCCUGUUUCAAAGCUCUUGUGACAGUGUUCAGCAGUCGCGAUUAUCCAUGCGACCACUACAUUUCGAUAAUAAACGUCGCGCUCCUCAACUCGGGCUCUUCAAGGGCUCACAAUCAAGAGAUCGCGCUUCAGCUGCUGCACGUGCUCGAUAAUCGCUUCUUCAGAUCGCCUUCAAUGUGUGAGUCGUUUGAGGAACCCAGCACGCCCGACGGGAGGAAGAAAUCCGUCAAGGACGAGGAACGCAAACGAUCGCCUCUCUUGCCGCGAUCCGAGGAGCCGAUCAGCAGUUCGCCGAGCUCCCAGAGCUCAGGCAGUCCCGGUCGGACGAGUCCCCGUUCCGAGAAAGGUCAACCGAACGUCUGGUUCAGGGACGAGAUGAAGAAGCCCCUGCUACCGCCGGGCUUCUCUCCGUCGCAGCUCUUUCUCUCGAGACAGAUAUCCCGUCUGCAUCCAGAACUGACGAUGCCGAUGUUCUCCGAGGUCACCAGUCGUUUCCAGACCGCGCGGCCCGCGGUCCGAGCCAACAUGCUCCACUAUCUGCUCCCAUGGCUGCACAACAUGGAGCUCGUAGAUCCGAACAUCCUACGCGUUCAGGAGCAGUCCUACCCGGCCGGCAAGGAGGGCUGGGGCACCGCCGAAGCCACCGAGAUGGUUCUGAACAACCUGUUCUACAUAACCGUAAAAUACGGCGACGAGCACGCCAAGGAGAUCGAGGAGCUCUGGGCAGCUCUUGGACUCUGUUGGCCGAACAACUUGCGCGUCAUCAUCCGAUACCUGUUCAUCAUGAUCACCCUCUCGCCCGGAACACUUCUGCACAUCUGCAAGAGGAUCGUGCUCUACAUGGCACGCACCGCACCCGAGGGGCUCAUCGAUGAGCUCAUGGCCGAGCUCCAGGUCGUCGAAACACUGAACGCUCACGUCGAGCGCAUCGAAGCCACGCCGUUCUACCGCCUGACCAGGAAAGGCAGCAGCAACAACAGCGAAGAGGAGAAACGGAUCGAGCAGGAGCAGGAAAGAGGAACGAUCCACACGAAACGCCGGAGCGCCGAGGACGGAUCCGACGGGUCCGUGUCGUCGGUGAAGAGCUUGAACCGAGUCGACCAGGAACAGGGUGAGAACAAUUUCAUUCUGUUGUGCCGUAUGGCCGACGAAGGCAAAACGCCCAAAGACCCACACCCGCUGCCGAUGCCCGAGUACGGCGGCUACUACGCCCCGCUCGCGCAGGAGCUUCCCGUCACGAGCGUAUUUCCCAACUGUGGCUUUCAUCGUUGCAACAUGGCUGUGAUCCUGUUGACGGACAUUGUGACGUCCGGCAUCUCCAUCGAUUGGUCCCCCCACAUUCCACUCAUGUUACAUCUGGCCUUCCUGGGCCUCGACAACGGAAAGCAGCUCGUGUACGAGCAUUGCAGAAAACUCCUUCUGAAUUUGCUGAUCGCCGUCGCACAGCACAACGACGACUAUACGAUUUCCCGCAUACUCCUCAAUGCGGCGACCCAACAGCUGAACUUCGGGCUUCCCGGACAACUGUUCACCACUAUCAAGUACAAUUUCACCGAUCCGCAGAAGACGGCUCUGAGCACGUCGACAACACUCGUUAACAAUCCAACAUGCACCACCGAAGCGUUCGUGUCCGUCCGAGUGAAGUUGGGCAAGAGCGAAAACGAGGAGGUCACCACCGAAGACGUGACCAAGUGUCUCGUCGAUUUCCUGGCCUGCAAGUUCGAAGGUUCCCUGUGGGCUUGUGAAGACAUCACGGCCAAGGUGUGGAACGUCAAGAGUACCGAGCAGCUGUCCACGUUCCUGCAGCACGUGCUGUUCGUCUUCAAGGAGUCGCUACCAUCGGCCAGAAUCGAAGAACGAUGGGCUCAAUGCUCGCUGCAGAUGGCGCUGAGCUGCUCCUCGCGCCAUUACGCGGGACGUUCCCUGCAGAUUUUCCGAGCUCUCGGCGUCCCGUUGAACAACCGGAUGCUCAUGGACAUCCUAUCGCGGCUCGUGGAGACCGUCAGCGAGCAGGGCGAAGACAUGCAGGGUUACGUCACCGAGUUGAUGCUGACGCUCGAAGCGGCGGUGGACGCCCUCGACGCGAACAUCAAGAUCUCGGACCUCAUGAAGGAAAUUUUCAAGCCCAUACCGCCUCAUAACCGGAAGCACCACAGCGCGGUCAUGUAUUCGUCUCUACAUCGGCAACACAGCCACGCCCGUUCCACGUCGUACAGCGCACACGGCUCUGUUCAGCAGAAGAAACCCGCGGCCGUCGUAGUUAGCGGCGGCGGCAGCGGUGGUGGAGGCGGCGAGUCUCCCGUUCCGAAGACUGGCCGUCCCCAAGUUCCUGCCGAAGAUGAGCUUUCAAGGUCGCAAUCGAUCCAGCCCCAGCAGCAGCAACAACAGCAAUUGGGUCGAUCGAGAAGUGCUCUCUCGCUCAAGGUCGGCGAAGAAGUCACUCAAGAGGAUAAGACUAAUCUUCUGCUGCAAAUGUUCUGGAUCGCUGUCUCUGUGCUCGAUUCCGACUACGAGCACGAGUUCCUAUUGGCGUUACGACUUCUGGAAAAGGUGUUACUGAAGCUGCCUCUGAAGAGCACCGAAUGCGUGGAGAAAUUGGACAAGAUCCGCUCGCAGAUGAAGUGGACCAACUUCCCGGGUGUGCACAACAUUCUCCUGAAAGGCUGCACGUCACCGACAGCUUUCGAUUCGACCGUCAACGUCCUCUGUCUUCUGACCAAUCAUCUCGACAUCGCGGUCGUCGAUUGCUCGCAGAACAGCCUCGGAUUCCCGCUGCACGUCAUAGCUCUCCUGCCUUAUUUUCUGGCGAACUACGACGACGCCAACGCCGAAUGUAUCAGAGCGGCUGAAAACAUAGCGCAGGUCUGCGUCGAGCAAGGACCCCAGCUCGAGAACCUCGCGACCGUGAUGACGCUCUACUCGCAGCGAUCGUUCAGCAAAGAGAGCUUGCAGUGGUGCAAGUGCAUCGUCAAGUACCUCUACGAUGCCUACCACGACGUGUUCCUCCAUCUGCUCGGAUUCCUCGUUGAAAUGCUGGAAAAAGGCCCGAAUUAUCUCGUUCCUCAUGUUCUCACCGUCCUCUACUGCAUUCUCCUCUACCUCGACAUCAGUGGUCCAACAACAGCCACAUGCAUCAACAACGACCUCUUGAAAACGAUGGCUCGUUACAUCGAGGGCAACAGCUGGAAGGACGCGCUCAGAGUGAUCAAGCACGUCGUGACUCGCUGCUCGGUGUUACCUCCUAACGCGACCGGCGUGCCUCAGGCCACGCAUCCUGCACCUCAUGCUUCCGACGCGGUUUCGCUCGCGUCGAGCGCCUCCGAGGUUGCCGAUAGCGUCAACAGUGGUAAACGAGAGCUGCCAGGGAGGACGAUGGAUUUCAGUUUCGACAUGAACUGCGUACCUUACGUGGGGCUCAAGAGCGCCAGCCCCAUGACCCCGACGCCCACCCCGGCUCCGAGUGGGCAGACUUCGAGCUCGAACAACAGUACGCUGGCCGCGCCGUCACCGAGACGCAGCCUUUCGCACGGAGCUUCGUUCAAUAACGAGAGCUUCGGAGGCUGGAAGAGGCCCUGGUUGUCACAGCCGAAGACCCGCGAACACCUGAUCUCGGUGCUGAGCUCGUGCGGCCAACGUGUCACCGCUCUACCGAAAAGCCCUUCGGUUAUAUUCAGCCACACGUCGGACUCGCAUCAUCAAUCGAUGUCGAUGUGCUCGUCUACGGAAGAGGUCUCGGUCAACGCCGGCCAAGGCGAACACCACUCCUCGGCCGAUAUGGACACCAACAACGAAUUCGGAGUCUUCAAAGAUUUCGAUUUCCUCGAAUACGAGCUGGAGAGUCAAGAGGGUGAAACGAUGGACAACUUCAAUUGGGGCGUACGCAGAAGAUCUCUGUCGAACUUCGAAGUCGAGGACGGGAACUAUCCCGGAACUUCUGGAGCACAGAGCAAUUACAACACCCUGGUGCCUCAGAAGGAGAAGAAAACCAAACAGGACAAUAAUUCGUCGUCGGACGAUGGUUCGGUGUCUCCAUUCUACGACCAUUCCGACGUUCCCAGCAUUUCACUGGUGUUUCCGAACAGACCGUCGCCGUCAAGAAUAUCCGGAUCCUCGCAAUCCCUCAUAUCGGAAGGCGACUGCACGUUGUCGAACACUUCGCCAACGUUCUCGCCUGUGCUCGCCCACGGAGGACACGGCUGUCCACCGUAUCUCGAUGAAUGCGAGAAUUUAUGGAGGUCCAACGUACGUCAACUGAUGACCGCGGCAACCGAAGCCUCAGCUGGCGCAAACGUCUACCGAACUUUGGGACGUCUGCUCAAGCAAUGCUUCCGAAAAGUGACCGAGCUCACGCGUGAAUGCUGUAAUCAUCUCAACAACAGCGACAACUUCAAGAAGAUCACCACGAACUUCACCUCGAUUCUGGACGUUCUGGCGAAUCAAGCCGAGCCGCCGUUCAUCCACAUCGAUCCUGAACUUCUCAGUUCGUCGCGCUCGCUUGAGCGACUGAAAUUCCUCGUGUUGGAGGUGCAGGAACAUUUCGAAACUUUCCUCGAGAAACGCGAGCACAACCUGGAGUACAUGGAUGCGUUGCGUUCGGCCAUGAAACUCGAGUCUAUCGGGGAGGAGAUCAGCGAAGAAAUGCUCGACGAAACGAAAUUGGACCUCUGUCGCGGUCUGUACAAGUUGCACUUCCAGGCGUUGCUCCUGGUCGACAGCUACAACAAGGUGCUCUCCCACCUGACGAACAGCAUAAACCACACUCAGAUCGUGGAUCUUUCCGAAGAGGUUUCCGCCGUCAAGGCCGAAAUCAUCAGAGCCGUGGAGGACACCGAGUCCGAUCGACUCUCACCACCGGUCCCGAUCGAGGUCCAUCUGCUCUCGCAACCCGAGGCCGAAAACGUGCUCAUUGAGCUCAUUAUGCAGCACAAAUGGAACAAAGUCACCAAACAUCUCCACACCUACCGGCAGCUGUUCCCUUCGCUGCAACUCGGAUCAACCGAAGACGACGACAUGGACGUUGUUUUAAAAAUAUAUUGCAAACAGCUCUGCGAACACCGGUCGGGCUACUUCGUGAUGACUCGUCCCGACUACGACAUGACGGACGUGUGCCACAAACUCAGAGACUUGAAUUUACAGCUGUCGUCGACGCUUCACGUGUUGGAGACGUCCGCAACCGAAGGCAACGCGACAUCGUCGCCCAUCCAAACGCCACAGAAAAGUCCACCUCGUCCGACUUCGUAA